AUGGCGCAUCAGCAGCCGCCAUACUUCGCGCCGCCCUCCAAGCGCCAGCACCAAACAAGGCCUGUUUCACCAUCCCACAGCGCCCGCUGCUCCCUACCACUCCCUGGGCCCUCUGUUGACACAGCUGGGAAUGCAAUUCCUCGCCCCAAACCCCUUGUAUUGGCAAACCCUAACCAAUUUACCAAUGAGGAUGUCCGGACCUGCGAUGAAGCGAUCGCUUUCAUACUUCCACCCCCCCCCCCCAAAGCGCCGAGCCCUGCCUUACACCCCUUUGUCCUGCUCCAUUCACAAUGCGCUUUUGCAUUGUUUCAGGUUCUAUUCUAUUCUAUUCUAUUCAUAGCUCGCCUGAUGAUCCCUGUGUCUCCGUUGUUCGCGCUCUUUGUUGUUUGGGACGGGUCGGGGACAGGCGCUGCCUGA